UAGAAAGUCCAUCAAGUCAUGAAUGAAUCAAAUGUUAGCCCCAAGGUGCGUGAAAUUCUGGAACAAAUGAAUUCGUAUGACAACAUACCUCGAAAAAAAAUCAAAUUUCAGAACUGGAUGAAAAACAGUUUGCAGAUCUACAAUGAGGCACUACAGGGGCAGGUUUGGGAUGUCUUUGCUGCUGCUCUCUGCAAGGAUAAAAAUAAAGAACAACCAAUGCAAAAUGACACUCCAAAUGGUGUGGCCCCAGCAGAAUCUGUGGAAGUAGACCAGAACCAGGCACCUGUAGUCAAAAGUGAAGACAGGGAAGGAGACAAACAGGAUGCAAAAGAGAAACGGCAGAAAAAAUCCAAAAAAGGAAAGAAACUCUUAAACUCAGAGGAAUGUAAAAAUUCUUUGAAGCAUGAACUAGAUUCUAAAACAAAGGAACAAAAUAAAACACUGAAGGAAAAAAAGAAAAAGCUUAAAAAACUGCGCAAGAAAGAUGGAGCCCAUAUUGUGGAGGAAAAUGGCAAUCAAGCAGAGGCUUGUGAGCAAGAGGGCAGUGAAAAUGCACUUGGCAGCAAGAAGGGCAAGAAGCGUAAACAGAAAACAUCCAGUGAAGGUGAACCCAACUCAAAACGGGAGAAAGUGGAAAUUCCAGAAGCCGAAGAAAUGGAAGAAGAUAAUGAAGUAAAACAAGGGAAAUUCAACUGGAAAAGAACAAUCAAAAUUGUUCUACAGCAGUCUCCAGAGCAGGAAAUUUCUAUUAAAAAAUUGCGGAAAAAGGUUCUAUCCCAGUACUACGCUGAGAGUGGUGAUAGUAACUACAAAUCUGAAGUGGAACUCCUGGCAAUCUUUUACAAGAAGAUAAGCUCUAACCCUAAAUUUAAAGUGCUAAAGGAUAAAGUAAAACUUGUAAAAUAAUGUACAAAAUUUUAAAAAAUUACUUUACGUAGCAAAAAACUGGACCACAGACAGAAAAUCAAUUUAUUUUGUCUCUUUUUGUAGCUGGCAUUCAGAAUAUUUUGCUUUUAUAUGUAUUGCUGAAAUUGUAACAUUGAGUCAAGGAUAGCUCGUGCUUCAUGGUGUCUCAAAGGUGCCCUGAUAUUUAAUAAAUGAACUAUUUAUACAUAUGCCAGAAAAAGUUGACUCCCUCACAAAUGUAAUAUUUAGAAGUUGUGAUGUGAUCACAAGACAGAUUCAACAUCAAGGAAACUGUGGAACUCAUCUACUAAACUUUCGAGAACAUUCACAGACUUCAUCCAUUCCCUUAUCAUGGAAUCCAUAUGUUUCAUCAACUGUUUUAAUUGUUUGUGUUUUGUUUCAACUGAUGUAUGUGAAAGUUCAUUAUAUUGCAUGUUUCUGUGUAUGGAGGACAUUGACUUUUGUCCUAUAUGCAUUGAAAAGAUCAACAGCAAACCUGUCUUUUGUCUUUUAGUACAUUUGGGUGUUAAAUUUUGCAACCUACUAAAAUAAUUUGAUCUUAAAUUCAAUCAGUGUUGUGUUGAAACAAUCUUAUUGUCAUGAACUAUCUAAUCAUGGAGAGAACUAAAGACAUCUCCAUUCUUUUGGUCAUCAUGUUGCCAGUUGCUUACAGUAAUGCAGAAACUAACUACUUUCUACCAAAAAUAGAUAUUAAAUGUAGAACAAUCAUAUUGCAGAAGCUAAUUCAGAUAUGAACAUGGACUUCUCGCAGUUGGAAACUACCUGCAGAUCGUUUGUCAUUUAUCAGGCGGAGGGUGUAAUACAUUGCCAUCACACAGCCUCUUCUGUCCCUGUACUUGUUUUCCCAUUGUAAAUGUAUCAACAAAGAGUUUUCUCCCAAUGACCUUUUAAGUUUGUGAGAAAGAAAAAUAAUGGCUAAAACAGUAGUUUUGUUCAAUUUCUACUUUUUGAUGUAACUACUGGACUUGUCAGUGACUGGAUUCUGAUAUGUAAUAGCCAAAAAAGACUUUAAAAAUAA